AUGGCCUACAGAAAAUUAGCCGAGAUCUUUGACAUCAACAGGUCAAUGUUCAAGUGCCCGUGGCUGGAAUAUCCAGAAAGGACCAAAGAAUUCAGAAAAGCCAUGGCUCCUGUUCACCUGCCCUUGUCCUGCUACCAGGUGCCAAAAGAAGAGAUACCCCCAAGUCCGGAGUGCUGGAGGCAGAACCCCAGCAAGCCAAGCUCCGUAGCUUACCGCCACUCCAAGAAGCCUGAGAUCUACCCGCACUGGUGCACUCUGUAUGAUCAGCAGAAGGAACGGGAGGCCCAGAAGACAUUGAAGAAAAUGAGAAAUCACCCUAGGCAUCUCAAAGAAGACACCCUCAUCCAAAAUAUCCAUCUCCCCAUGCUCAAGUUGACUACAAAAUCUCAGAUGGAAUCCAAGCCCUUAGACCCUAGUGGGGACCCCCUGAAGUGGCAAAGAUUAAAGGAGCUCACAGAAAGCCUGAAAUCUCCCAGAGAGGAUGAGCAGUUCUACGCAGCACAGGCUCUGGGGUGCCUGGGCGUCAGUGACAAGUUUAUCAUGGAAGCACUGUGGCAGGUGGCCCGGACUGGUCCAAAAAGAGUGAAGCAUGAGGCCUGUCGAACCCUGGCCAUCCUGGGUUGCCUGAAUAAGCACGUGAUCCAAACUCUCAUCAAACAGCUGAAGGGGCAAAAUGAGGGGCAAAGGAUGGAUACUCUGACGGGGCUUCGAGUGGCUCUGAACGCAUGGGCUGCUGUCCCCAAAGACCAGAGGACGCAAGUCGAGGAUGAAGAGAAGUUGGUGUCGGCGCUGCAGAUGCUGAUAAAGAAGCCGUUCAGUGAAGCAGCCAGAGAGGCGGCACUGUGCUUGGGUUUCCUGAGGCCCUGCAGCCACACAGCCCGAGACUACCUGCUGCAGUCCCUGUGCCAAGGGCCGAAGACCCAGCAGAUGAAGGCACUUACUAUGCUGGUCAACAUAAUGGGUGUGCACUCAGCCACCGUCAUCAGGACCAUCCUAGACCAGCUGUGCUAUUCCAGUGUCCUUGAGCACCGCUUUGAAGCCACCCAGAUGCUCAAGACCAUCGGGCUAGAAAGGAUCCAGGCACAGGGUUUGGAAGGACUCACAUUUGAACUGCUCAGACGGAAGACAUAUAAUGAACCCUUCUUCGCUAUGAGGCAGGCUGUUGCUGAAACUGUGGAAGAGCUCAAGAUGAAGCCUACAAUGAUGAACUUGGUGGAGGCGCAGCUGAUGAGCUCGGAUGUCACUGCACGCCAGGAAGCAGUCAUCUCUUUGGGCGUCCUGGGGAGCCGCAGCACACAAACGUUCCACCUGGUCCUGGACAUGCUAGACGUGGAAAAGAGCCCAUCUGUGAAGAAGAGCCUACAAGAAACAUUAAUUCUCUUGGCUUCAACUGAUCCCUGGAUCCAAAACAAGCUGAAGAACAAGGUGCUCUUUGUACACGAGGUACCUAAGACCACCGAGAAGGUAGAGCCUACGAGGUUCCGGAAAGAGUCUGAGAACCCAGAAGAGUUAAAUGUCCAAGAAUUUCAACUUGCACAGCCGAACCCCUCGUUUCUUACAAAGGCCAGUGCCACAUCGGACCAACGGAAAAAGUUAAAUGCCCAGAAAGGGUCUGAGACCUGUGCCUUCGCACCUUGUUUCUCUAAAUCACAAAAACACAAGCCACAGGCCCCGGGGUCCUGGGCACUGAGGAUCAGGAAACAGCUCCGGAUCCUUGCUCAGACCUCCAAAUAGGUCAGUUCUUUUGGCUGAGCCCUGUGUCUCUCCUUGAGAGCUCUCCCGAGAAAACAAUCUACACUUAUCUU